CUCAAUACAUCAGCAGAGGAGUUCUUCGCAGUUGCUGUAUAGCGUAGUUCUUGCAGUUCUCGGAGCUUCUGCAUUUACGGCACCGGCGCUUUGAACAUAUCCAUUUGCAAUUUCCGCUGGGUAUUUUGAUAACUUUUGUUUCUGUGUUUAUCGUAUUUUAUCCUAGUGGGACAUCGGUCAUCCAAUCGGAUCCGUAAUGCAAGUGCAGCCCGUUGAAAAACAGGCUGAAGGAGAGUGCGUUCAUUUGAACAUUCCCUAUUUAGCACGACGAUUGUCAACUUUAGACGCGCAGUUACAGGGAGUUACUGAUACGGAGUACGAUUGUUACUGAUUGUUUUGUUUUUAUGGGUUUUGGUUUUCGUCAGGUGUUGAGCCUGCCGAGGACUGGAUACUUUCGAGUUACAGGGAUGUCGGACCCCGGCUAUGUCGACGUUCUGGGCGACGACAACCUAUUUCGCAGGGGACGCGUGGUGGACGUUUCUGACAAAGGGCUUUUCAUUGACUUCUGUCCCAACCGACCACACGAAUUCACCCCGUUUAUUCGAAUUUUCAAGGUUCUGAAGUCAGUGCACGACGAAAGGCGUCGGCGUCUUGGCUAUGCGAGCGCUUAUGGCAAACCCGAUGGGACCAUUCCCGUUGAUGCUCUAAUGCGUGCGACGCCCUCCGGUCCAUGGACCUGGUUCCCUGCUGAAAUUAUCAAUGUGGCGCGCGGUAUCCGUCACGAGCGGUGCGGGGUAGCCAUAGUUCAAUGGAUGCAGGAGGAGCAGCGCACGGAUCUGGUUCCUGUGGAGCGAUUGCGUUGGAGAGUGGCGCGCGACUGGUGGGCCACUGUAGGCCUCGCCACUCCAGCCCAGCUUCCAUCUUCGGGCAAUUGGCACGAUUACUAUAAGGUUCAUGGAUUGGGCUCUCGGCCUGAGCCAGUCGAACCAGGAUGUUUCGAGAAACGUACAAUCCCGUUCCCGAAAUAUAGUCACGUGAAUCUGGAUAAAUUGCUGCAACAGUUGAACGGCAAUGCGUUUCGUCGGACGGAGUAUGAUAUCCGCGCGGUUUCGUUCGUGGACCUUAAAGACCGAACUCUGUCUUAUAUUUGGCGAUGUCGAUCUAAACUUCAGUACCAGGAUAAAUUAAUAUUAUCUGGACUUCUCACGGAUUACCGGAAACCCGGAAAUCCUAAAAGCAGCGGACAAAUCUGAUGCUGAAACUGCUUGGAAAUUUAUUAAAAUGGUUCAGUUUGUGUGUAAUGUUAACCCGUUGACGGGCAUUGGUGCCUGGAGGCGACAAGGUGUUUGGUAUUUUUUUCCCAGCGAUCGGCAGCAGUUAAUCGUUAUCCCAUAACGAAAUAAGCAAUAAGGGACUUUAAAGCAGCAAAAAAAACAUAAUUUGAACUUGUGUCUUCAGUUAAUUAAGAACAAUAGAUGAGCGAAAAUUGCUAAUUUUGAACUUUCUGACCUCUCGUAGGUUUUGCUAAUUAACUAAUUGGUGGAU